AUGUGCAGCGAGGCUCGGCGUGGGGACUGUCUUAAUGGCGCCACAUGCGUGCUGGUCCCCACAGGUCCAUCUAGUGACGCUUUAGACAUCAUUACUGGUGGUGGUGGUGGUGGCAAAAGCGUCAGCAAUGGCAGCAUCUAUAGUCCUCACCAUGACGUUGAAAAACCUGGAUUUCAUUGCAUCUGCCCUCCCGGAUGGAUGGGUCCACGCUGCAACGAGGCCGUAAGUGAGUGUCAGACGCGACAGCCCUGUCAACAUGGAGCAACUUGUCAUGAUGAAGGCAAUGGCCGAUAUCAGUGCUUAUGCGAGGAUGGAUUCAUCGGUAAGUCGAGAAGGGGAGAAGCCGCGGACAAAGUGUAG